AGCGUUUGCGAGGUGCCUGGGGCGGGGCGGGAAGUCCGCGACGGCCGGAGAACGGGAUCGUGCGGAGGCGCGCCUUCCCAGCCUGAUCAACGAGCUGACGCACCGCUUGAGCUUCACCUCCUUCCAGCAACUGACAACCGUCAUUCCCAGCCUCGCUGCCGUAAUAACCGUCUUUCCCCGGCUUCGCGCGCCGCCCGCCACCACCCUGGGCGCGGCCCUCGUGACAGCCGCCCGAAACGCCACCUCGCCACCCACCCUUCCCGACUUGGAAGUAGCCUUCUCUGCUAUCCUCCAAAUUUACACAGAUACUACCAGCAGCAGCAACAGUAAUAGCAACAUUAACAACAACAGGGAUGGCUUACCGAGCGAGGUACGACAGCAGUUGUGCGACUACCUUCGUACGGCAGUUGUGGAGGGGCCUGGAUGUACGGAACGGUUACGGCGGGAUGCCAGCAUGACUGAUCUGGCAGCGGCGGUUGCCCUCGUGGAGCAAUUCAAGUUGCAACAACCAACUGAAUUCGUUAAGGCCGUUACCGGGCGUGUGGAUGAGCUUAUCCAGGAUGCCUAUCCGCGGGAGCUAGAGACUACUGGGCUGGAGGGCUUGCUAGCGCCGCCUGACACGGCGGCUGCCAAGCCCGAGGGAGGCGGCUCUGGAGAGAAGGACAGCAGCAGCGGCGACGGCAGCAGCAGCAGCAGCGAC